UUCAUCUCCGUUCCUCUCGAAACCAACGGGACUUUUGUAUUGAUCCUCCAAAAAAUGGGAAUCUCACGCGUUUCUUCUUCUCUCCUUGCCGCCUUCCUCAUUAUUGCCGCUCAUUUUCUCGUCUCCAUGGCGGCUGCCGUCGAUUUCUCUGGCGACCACAAGCUUCUCUUCGUUCCGACCACAUCCGAUUUCUUCAACGACAACGAUGAUUUCGGUUUCGGAAUGGAGUUCCAGAUGGACUCUGAGAUCAAUCGCCGAAUUCUAGCGACUACUCGUUACAUAAGCUACGGUGCUCUUAGGAGGAACAAUGUUCCUUGCUCUCGUCGUGGUGCUUCUUAUUACAACUGCAGACCAGGCGCUCAGGCGAAUCCUUACUCCCGUGGUUGCAGCGCUAUUACUCGCUGCCGAAGUUGAUUUCGUAUCACUUGAUUCAUUUUUUGGAAGUUAGAUUCGUCGUCGUACUCUAUCGGUUAGUUCUUCGUGUGUUAAUACUGAAUAUACAUGUCGAUCGAGUAAUAAAAUUCAUAUAUAUACACUGAUGGUUGAAAAUGUAAUUUAAUUUACAUCUCUGUUUUCUCCGAGUCCUCUACAUGAUUUUUUUUUUUUCUUUUUUCGUGGCUGAUUCUUCUGGUUUAUUUCCGAAAUCAUUUGUUCUUGUUUGGAAUUGGUAAUACAGUGGUAGGAAGGAACAGAUUAUUUGUGUAAAUUGCUGGUGGAUCUUGCUGAAUUUGCAAGGCCUUAGGCCAUUAUUAUUUUGA